AAUAUAAAAAUUGUAAUAAACGGUCUGAGGAAUCUCGCAAAUCACUCCCACAUGUGAUAUGGCAGCCCCGCUGCUUCUGAGAAGCAUACCGUUGUUUCGCCACCGUCUCCAACCCCACCGCCUCGCCGUCGCCGCCACUUUACUAACUCGGCGUCCCUGUUCCACCCUGACUCGGCCUGAUGAGUACUGCUCCCCUACUUUACCCAGCGACACACUCUCUCGCGCAAAGAGCGAGUCACUGAGUCACCCGGCGAGAAUAGACGAUCCAGAUUACCGGAAGUGGAAAGAAAAAGAAAAAGAGAUACUUGAGGAUAUUAAGCCCCUCAUUUUGUUCGCUAAAGAUAUUAUCCACUCCUCCAGGUACAUGGACGGGGAGCGUCUGUCGGAAGAAGAUGAGAAAACUGUUUUGGAGAAGCUUUUAGCUUAUCAUCCACGUUCUGAAGAUAAAGUGGGAUGCGGACUUAAUUUCAUCAUGGUUGAUCGCCACCCUCAGUUUAGACAGUCGAGAUGCCUAUUCAUAGUACGGACUGAUGGAGCAUGGAUAGACUUCUCUUAUCAGAAGUGUCUUCGGUCAUACAUUCGACAUAAAUAUCCAUCUUACGCAGAGAAGUAUAUCAAACAACAUUACAAGCGUAGCAGUUGAUGCAUGUUUACGUAGGACUCCGCAUCCCUUAGCAUGUGAUGCAUUUUGGAAAUGCUGUGGAAUCAUCAUUAAUAGUCUUGGCUGGGCAUUAUGAAUGUUUUAGAGUUUAAAGCUUAAGAUGAUUAGUUAAUUACUCAUAUCACCUGGUGUCCAGACUAUAUGCCCAUAAUGUUAUGUGUAAAUAUCCUCUACUUACUGUCAAUCCAGUACUGUAGUUAAUAACAGAUAACUAGUGGUUUCUUAUAUUUACUUUGUGGGACGAGAAUGUUUGAAGCGAUAUUAAUGGCAUUGCCCCAUUUUUCUA